CUCAGGAUCAACCGUCUAAGUGUUAAAACUAGACUCCAAAUUCCGAAUGGGAGACGGAAAAGGAUUGGGCAAAGGAAGCCAUAUCCUGAAGCCGUAGGUUCUGGAGGAACAUCUUAACUUCAACUUUCAAAAUAAAUGUAGCUCCAUGCUCCCUGCUGACCCAGGGUAGAUCUUGCGGUAAAAAAAUGGGUGUGAUAUCUCUGCUGCUGCUGCUCUGCCUCCCCUUCUGCGUCCAUGGCUUUGGAGCUCAAGAAGCUCUUGAUGGGCUCCUUCCCAAUGGCAACUUUGAGUUGAGCCCCAGGCCGCACAAACUGAACAAAAGUGUCAUCGUCGGCAAGCAUUCCCUUCCCAACUGGACCAUCCAUGGCCUCGUCGAGUACGUGUCCGGUGGGCCGCAGCCCGGCGGCAUGUUCUUCGCCGUGCCCCAUGGCGUCCAUGCCGUGCGCCUUGGCAACGAGGCUUCCAUCUCCCAGAACAUUACCGUCAAGCCCGGCUCCCUUUACGCCCUCACGUUCAGUGCCACCAGGACUUGUGCCCAGGAUGAGGUGCUGAGGGUCUCGGUGCCUCCUCUCCUCGGUGAUGUCCCAAUCCAGACACUGUACAGCUCCACCGGAGGCGAUACUUAUGCUUGGGCCUUCAGGCCUACCAAUUCAACGGCGCAGGUGAUCUUCCACAACAUUGGGGUCCAGGAGGACCCAGCAUGCGGGCCUCUCCUGGAUGCUGUGGCCAUUAAGGUGCUCCUCCCUCCAAUGCCCACAAGAGAUAACCUUGUGAAGAAUGGAGGUUUCGAGGAAGGUCCGCAUGUCUUCAAGAACUCCACAACUGGCGUCCUUCUCCCUCCCAAGCAGCAGGACGUUACAUCUCCUCUCCCUGGCUGGAUCAUUGAAUCCCUGAAGGCUGUCAGAUUUGUAGACUCGGCCCAUUUCUCUGUCCCCGUCGGCCAAUAUGCCGUGGAGCUUGUGGCUGGGAGAGAGAGUGCGAUAGCUCAAGUCAUCAGGACAAUCCAAUACAAGUACUACAAUCUCAGUUUUGUGGUUGGUGAUGCAAAGAAUGGCUGCCAUGGCGCGAUGCAGGUCGAAGCUUUCGCUGGCAAUAGCACACUGUCAGUGGCAUUACGAUCCCAUGGAAAGGGUGGAUUUAAAGCUGCAAGCUUGAAGUUUAUGGCGAUUUCGAGCAGGACUAGGCUCACAUUCUACAGCUACCACUACCACACUAGAGUUGACCAACCUGGGUCUCUUUGUGGACCAGUCUUGGAUCAAGUAAGGGUUUAUCCUCUCCCACGUCUGCAUCGUUAGGUUAUUAGAGUGGUUGUGACGUGUGCGAUUUGCAGCAAGGGUAAACUAGUUGUUGGCUUUUAUGUAUGAUCGGUGUUGGUCUGGCUGCCUUUGUUUGGAACCUAAAAACUUUGUAGUUAUAUUUGAAGCACUUGAAGAAGUGGUAAAGUUAAUUGCUGUUGCGAGUGGUAAA